AUGAGAGAAGAAAAUGAAAUCGAAGCUGUUAUGAACAAUGACAGAGUUACUGUAUCCUUCGCAGCAAUCAUCAAUCUAAAAGAACCGUUGGAUAAGAAAGCUCUGAACUCUGCUUGGUUUAAUGUCCGAAGAUUGAACCCUUUUCUCCGAGGACGAUGGGAGAAUAAAGUCUUUGUCAAAUUUGAUCAUACAGAUUCCGACCAGCUGCUUGAGCAGGGACCAGAGUAUCGAAAAUCAGAAGACUUCAAGGAUGAUUUUCAACGAGUUACGAAUGAGUUUACGUUUGAGAGACUAAAUGAGCUAUCUUUUCCUUCUCAUCUGGUCGUCUUUGGUGAAGGAAAAAGAAUUCAACUAACAAUUUUGAUAAUUCAUUCACUUUGCGAUGGAAAAUCAAUGCAAAAGAUUCUCACCGAUCUUUUGCUCUUCUACCAGCACAAGAAUCUCAACAUUUACACAGGCUGCGAAACCAUCGACGGAAGAAUCGAAGACGUCCCCAAACCCAUUUCCGACCUUCGCCAAAACCUUCACAAUUUCCCCGAGAAAGCAAAAAAGUACAAAAAAGAAUUUCACGAUCGACUUCUCAACUUCCAAAACGUCGUUCCUCAUGAAAAGUUUGAGAACAUCGAAAAGGGUCGUCCGCAAGAUUUGAAAUCAACAAUGACUCUUGGUUGCGGAACAGAAGAGGGAGCGAAGAAAAUGAAGAUCUUUUGUAAAGAAAAUGGAAUAACAGUGGGGUCGUUGUUGAUGGCAGCGACGGCUUUUAUCAACGCACGAAUCAUGAGAUCGAUCGAAAAGUCAAAGCAACUGAAUUUCGAUGUCAUUUUCAAUCUCCGACCAUUUCUCGCCGCGAAUCCUGUUGCCUGCUACAUAUUUUUCAGCGGCACUGUACCAAAAGUGGACGCAUCCGAAACCCUACUAGAAGUUGCCAAAAGAAUGAUAGAAGAGGUCAAGGAGAAGAUUGAUAACUCCGAGCACUUGAUGUUUCCUCAAUUCCUUCACCAACUGGAAGAUGACGGAGGAACAUAUAAGAAGAUCAUGGACGCAAAUAACGGUGUUUCGAAUUCGAUAAGCUUCUCAAACAUUGGCCAAAUGAACAUGGAAACGCUGAAUGUGACUUUGCCGGAAAUAACUGUCGAUGAAGUCUACUGCUCUGGAACGCGCUGGAAUAAUGUUGUCGAGUACACUUUUCUAUUUCAGAGUACGAAGAAACUCUGCAUUACGAUUACACACUUCGAUCUGGAAGUCUAUCGCGUUGCAGGAGAGCUUUCAAAGAUAGAUUUUUUUAUAUGA